AUGACGUCACACCUUCCCUUCGGAAGGCUCCCUUCCGAAGCUUGGAAGGAGACCACCCGUGACGUCAUACCUUACCUUCGGAAGGCUAUCUUCGGAAGGCUACCUUCGGUAGGCCACCUUCGGAAGGCUAUCUUCGGUAGGCCACCUUCGGCCACCCCCCAUGACCGAAAAGGUAAAUUCUAG